AUGGCACGUGUGCGGUUUCUCUCCAGUGUGAAUUCUUUCAUGUGUCACAAGGUGGGCUUUUCCUUUGAAACUCAGUCCACACUGAGAGCAGUGAAUAAGCACAAGCCAUGGAUCGAGAGCUCAUACCACGGCAUCAUCACAGAAAACACAGAUGCGGUUCUGUUGGAUCCUCCUUUAGUGGCUCUGGACAAAGACGCUCCAGUUCCGUAUGCUGGUGAAAUCUGUGGCUUUCACGUGCAGGGGCUCAGCGCUCCGUUCGAGGCUGUGGUUCUGAACCGCACGUCAGGAGAGGGCCGUCUGCGGGCGCGUGGACCGAUCGACUGCGAGCGACAGAGAGAGUUCACCUUCAUCAUUCAAGCUCACGACUGUGGCACGGGACCGGAGGGACACGCAGAGAGGAGAUCACACAAGGCUGUGGUGCAUGUGCAGGUGGGAGAUGUGAACGAGUUUUCCCCCGUGUUCGGUCAGUUGGAGUAUCACGGCUCGGUGACAGAGGGCAAAGUGUAUGACAGUAUUCUGCAGGUGCAGGCAUCAGACCAGGACUGCUCUCCACAAUACAGCCAGAUCUGCAACUACCAGAUCACCUCUCAGGACACAGCCUUCGCUAUAGACCGCAACGGUCACAUCAGGAACACAGAGAGCCUGAGCUUUGAUAAGAAGUCACAUUAUAAAAUCCGUGUGACGGCGUUCGACUGUGGUCAGAAGAGAGCGGCGCAGGACGCUGUCGUACACAUCCACGUCAAGCCCAUCUGCAAGCCUGGAUGGCAGGGCUGGAGCAAGCUCGUUGACUAUGAACCAUUAAUGGGCAGUAAGCUGUUAUUUCCCAAGAUGCACCUGGAGACAUGUGCGGGAUCGGUGUCGUGGAUCAGGACCACAGUGGAGUUGGAGACGAGCGGUGCUGGGAGAGGCUGUGACAGACAGUCUUACUCUGAACGAUCCUUACAGAAGCUCUGCGGAGCUUCAUCAGGCAGCACAGAUCUUCUGCCGGCCUCCAGCAGUGUUUUUAAUUGGACGGUGACUCUUGUGACGGAUGGUGGCCGGGACAGUGACCUCACAUACCGCUUUGAUGGUCGUCAAGCUGCCAAGAUCCCAGACUGGGUCGUCCCGCAGAAUCUAACCCAUCAGUUCACCAUAACCACAUGGAUGAAGCACGGGCCGAGUCCAGGACAGAGAGCCGAGAAAGAAACGCUGCUCUGCAACUCUGACAAAACAGAGAUGAACCGACACCAUUACUCUCUGUAUGUGCAUAACUGCAGGCUGGUUUUCCUGCUGAGGACGGACUACACUCAGACAGACUCCUUCAGACCAGCUGAAUUCCACUGGAAAUUAGAGCAGAUCUGUGAUAAGGAGUGGCAUUAUUACGUCAUCAGCGUUGAUUUCCCAGUGGUGACUCUAUAUGUGGACGGCGUGACCUAUGACCCGUACCUGGUAACAGAUGACUGGCCCAUCCACUCCUCUCAGAUCGACGUGCAGCUCACUGUAGGAGCCUGCUGGCAAGGUGGUGAGGUCUCUAAAGCAAAGUUUACACAGUAUUUCAGAGGUAGUUUGUCUGGACUGAUGAUACGACCAGGAAAGAUUGAAAACCAGAAGAUCAUCUCCUGCCUACAGGCCUGCAAAGAAGGAUUGGACAUCACCUCACUGGAGAGCCUCGGACAGAGGAUAAAGCUGCUGUGUUUCGGGGAGGAUGUGUGUAUUUCUGUCCCUGAUAUUGAGGCAGUUGUCAUGGUAAUGCAGCCUAGUGAACCACGCAUCACAAUCACUGGGGCGGAGCACCUGACCGUCCCCGCCUCUGACCUUGCCCUCGGCCUAUCCCUGUUCAGAGAUUUGCAUAUCAUCAGCACAGUAACAAAAAGCGACGGACAGACAAACACAGAUCACAGGUCAGGUGCAUUGAAGGAAAUCACACAUAAUCUGGACUACUGUGACAUCAUGGUGUUGGGGGAGGAGUUAAGGGCGGGGCUAGAGAGUCUGGAACUGCACCACAGCGCCUUAUUGGGCAAACACCUGGAAUACGUCAUCUCCAGCACUGGCAUGUCUAUAUAUGGUGUGGACUCCAUCUCUCACUACACAGAGGUGAUCGGACAGGUGCGUUAUCAGAGCCGUCAGGCAGUCGAUUCUGUCCGCACCUUCAGACUCACCUGCUCUGAGCUCAGCGGACGUUACACCAGCGAUCAGUAUACGUUACAGGUCAACAUCCUUCACAGCGAGGAAGCUAUUGAACAUGUCAAUCAUGCGAUUGCUCCGCCCAAAUACAUGCAAAUUAUUCAUCCUACAGUCAUAGAAUCUAACAGCUACAGCAUAGUCGUACCUGCCGUUGCUACUGCAGUCAUUGUGCUGUGUAUCGCCGCCCUGCUGGUGGUGCUGCUGAGUGUUUACCUCUUCAACCAACCACAAAACCAAGAGCUCAUUCACACGCACACGCUGCCAGAGAAACAAGCGGACUGUGACGGAUCCUCUCUCUCCAUCACUGUCAACCCUCUGGAGGUACGACAAACCGUCUACAUGCUCAAGCAACACAAGACACCAUAAUGUAAAGAAGCUGCCAAAAUGUUGACGCCUGUCAAACUGUCACAGCAUGCACGAGUCUCUGUGAAAACGAAAACCUUUCUUUAUAGCUGACAGGACA